AUGAACAUGGACUUCGCCGCCUUGUCAAGGAUGGCCAAGGACGCCACAACGAAGGCCAAAGCUACAGCGACGAAGCUGGCCGAACAGGCGAAGGAGCGCCUCGAAGACACCGAGGGUAACAAGCAAAUGAUGCAGCAGUUCGCCGAGAAGGUUGGAAGAACGCUAGAUGAGUUUAUCGAUGAGGCCCCGGGUCCCGACCAAUCAAAGAUCAUCGACUUGACGUACGUCACGGACCGUUUCGUAACGAUGGGCUUUCCCGCGUCUCGCCGAGGCGCUCCUGGUAGCGCCGCAGCCAGAGCUUGUGCUAAUCCUAUCACAGCCGUCGCGAAACACCUGAAGACUUAUCAUGACGGCCACUUCAUGGUUCUUAAUGUGAGCGAAGAAACCUACGACUACCGACGGUUUGAAGAUAAUGUCCUCGAGUUCAAGUUCCCGGGGCAUCCCGCGCCGCCGCUGGGCAUGUUGGUGAAGAUAUGUACGACGCUAGAGUCGUGGCUGGACGCGGACCACGAGAACGUGGUUGCGGUCCACUGUCUCACUGGUAGGGGUAGAACUUCUGUCGUAGUAGCUUGCGCUCUCGCUUGGUUGGGAGAAUUCGAGGCGAACCCCGUCGUGGCGCUGAGGCAUGUCGCUGAGCGCAGGAAGGAUGAUGUGGAGAGAUUAACCAUACCUUCGCAGAGGAGAUACGUCGGCUAUUUCGCGAACGUGUUGGAUGGGUGUGCGCCGCGCGGCGAACCCCUACUCUUGAGAAGGUGCAUCAUGCACACCAUACCCAAUUUUGGCAGUCAAGACAAACCUGGGUGUCGACCGUACCUGCAAUUCUUCCGGAGCGGUAAGCUAGCACACACAGCCAGGUGGGAAGGCUCGCAAGAUGACAAAUCGUGGGCGGCACCCUCUGAGGGUUCGUUGGUCUUCCCUGUGGAUUGUGUGGUGCACGGCGACUUGUUAGUACGAUGCAGACACGUCGACGAUCGAGAGCGAAGGACCUCCAUGUUUAGGGCGGCCCUACACGUCGGUUUCGCACCUACAGGUGUUUUGAGAUUAACGAGGGACCAGCUCGACGGCGCGUGCGGCGACGACCGCUUCGAUGGGGACUUUUUUGUCGACUUAAUUUUUGAGGCGUGUAGCGGCAGUGCUCAAGCCCUCGAGACAGGAGUGUCGAAUGAGGAAGGAGGCUUCUCGGCGGCGUACGACGCCUUGUUGGCCAAGGACUCGGCCUUCUGGAAGGACGUCGAGGAUCGGAAGAGACGCGCGCAGCAACGACGGGCGUCGCGGCCCGCGCGGACGGCGAACGCUCGAGCUGCCGAGGCGGCCGCGGCGGCGCCUGAACCUCUGAGGAGAGCACCAUCACCUCGGACCAAAAAGCAAGAAGGUCCAGUGUUUGCUAUUGGCGAGGAGACUCCGUCUGAAAAACCAAAAACGCAGACGACGCCGGACUUGCUGGACACUGAUGAUCUAGUCCGGCAGCUCGCCGACGCGGACGCUUUAUUUGGUUCGGGAGACCCGGCGCCGUCGCUGCUGGAACUGCAACAGCUCGCGGACGCGCCGCCGAUGAGCGACGACUUCGCUGCGUUCGCGUCGACGCCGCCUGUUGAAGAGUUUGCUUCUUUUGAGUCCGCGCCGGCCGCGGCGCCCGCGCCCGCUGCGCCGCCGCCCGCGCCGCCGCCAGCACCGCCGGCGCCCGCGCCUGCAACGAUGACGCCGUCGAAGGACCCGUUCGGCGCCUUCGCGUCGGCCGCCGCGCCGCCGCCGGCACCGGCGCCGCCGCGGCCGCCGAGCCCCGGCCGGCGCGACACGACGGACAUCCUCGCCGACCUCGAGGAGGUUCUGGGGGAUGCGCCGGCUUCCGCGGCCGCGCCGGCGCCCGCGGACGCGGCCUUCGACGUCGACGACUUCGAGUCGUUCCUCGACGGGUUGGACGGCGGCAAGUAA